GGAAAAACGAAGACUAAUUAUCUCUUCUUCUUCUUCUUCUUCGUUUCCACGAUUUUGUUGUUGUUUACCUCCAAUUCCAAACGAACGCUAUUCUCUUUAUAUAUAUUUGCCUUUUUCUCUUUUUACUUUUUUUUUUUCCCAGAAAGUCGAAAAGAGAGAUAAAAGUUAUUGAAUUCACAGAGAGGAGAAGAGGAGAUAGAGAUAUUCAUUCUUAGCUUCUCUGCUUUCUACUUCAUCUUGUUUAUCCGUUGGAAAUCUCGAACGUUUCCUGUUCUUCUUGAUGAUCGAAGGAUUCAGCUUCAACCUUGGUGAAACUCUUUUACUUAUGUUAGUUAUAUGAAAUUGUGAAUUGAAUAACUAACUCUGCACCAAACAAACUCUCAUGGAUACGAUCAAAUGCUGUGACUGUGGAUGCGAUUGCUCACACGAGAAACCAUUCGAUUCCUUCUCCUCUUCCAACGUCAAAGUCCAAAUCGAGAAGGAAUGCCAACUCCUACGCGAAACCGUCACCACUCAACAGCAAUCGAUCCAAGACCUCUACGCCGAGCUCGACGAAGAGCGUAACGCCGCUUCCACCGCCGCGAACGAGGCCAUGUCCAUGAUCCUGAGGCUACAGAGAGAGAAAGCCGAGAUCGAGAUGGAGCUGAGGCAGUUCAAGCGAUUCUCAGAGGAUAAGAUGGAGCAUGAUCAGCAAGUGCUUUUGGCUCUUGAAGAUUUGGUGUAUAAGAGAGAGCAGACGAUUCAGGCUUUGAACUGUGAGGCUCAGGCUUAUAGGCAUAGGAUGAUGAGUUUUGGUGUUAGUGACGCUCAUGAUUAUGAUUAUCCUUCUCUUAAGUGUAGUUUGAAUGAGAAUCCAGUGGAGGAUGAUGUUGAUGUUGAUGUUGAGAAGUAUACAUUGACUGAUUCGCCACGUGGCGGCGGGGGGAAUUUGAAGGGUUUGGAAGUUAGGAUUAGUGAGAUGGAGAGGGUUCCUAGUCAGAGACAUUUCAGGAAGGUUUCCACUGGUAGUUCAAGUUCACUUUUGGGAACUAAUAGGGACCAAAGGCCUGGUUCCAACUGUGGUAAUAAGGGUGGUUCAUUAGAAACAGGGGAUAAUGAGAUGGAUGAUAGAGUCUAUACCAUUGAUUCUGUUCAUCAGGGUGCUUUUGAGGAGAAGGUUAAGGGGGGUGACAUAGUUGAUGAUGCUGAUAUAGUGAAACUAUACGCGAGGCUUCAAGCAUUAGAGGCUGAUAGGGAAUCUAUGAGGCAGGCGAUUGUGUCGAUGAGGACUGAGAAAGCUCAGAUGGUUCUCUUGAAAGAGAUUGCGCAACAUUUGUCAAAGGAUGUUGUUAUUCCAGAACGGAGAUUGCCUCUGCGGAAAGCAUCUAUUGUUGGAGUUUUCAGUUUCCUAUCUGUCUUUAAGUGGAUCACAUCUUUUGUUUUCUGGAGAAAGAAGGCUCGUCGAAGCAAGUACAUGAAUGGGAUGCAAGUGAACAACAUGGGCUUGGAAAUGCUUCUAGAAAACACUCCUCGGAUAAGGCAAUGGAGAUGUCUUUCAAGCACGCAAGUGUGACCUUUGAUCAUGUUAUCCAACUAGGUGAAUGUGAAGCGCUUAAUGUGUAUACUGUGGGGCCCUGCAAUCUCCUGCUUCAUGGUUGCUGAGAAUAAUGUUUUCUCAUGUGCAGUUUUUUUAAAAAUUCUUUCCUUCUUUUAUGUUUAUUCUUGUUGUUGGGGUUGGAAUAUGCAUAAUGUCAUCAUGAAUGGGGUUUGAUUAUUGUGUGGAUACUUGUAAGCUGUGUUAAUAUUUCCACAUUCUUGUUUGGGUUCUCU